AUGGGAAGUGAUUUUUCUGCAAACAAAAAGGCUAGCAAGGGUCAGGACCCAGGGGCCAAGGCUACCAAAGGUCAGGACCCAGGGGCGUCUGGAAGCGUUGAUAAGGCUGCCACCUCACAGAGGUCGUCACAGAAAGGAGCAGCAUCCAACGGAAAGAAGAAUUUCUCGCUAUACAAAGAAAGAAAUACAAAGGUAAAGGGCUCAACAAAGAAAUACAAAGAGCACGGCAUAUUUGGCGUACCUCUGCAAACGCUGUUGGAACAUGACCAGAAACUGGCACCCGAUAUUAGGGUGCCUAUUGUGUGUUUAGAAAUCCUGCAUUAUUUAUCCAAGAACUGUCUGGACACAGAGGGAAUUCUGAGAAUACCGGGCUCCUCAACGAGAAUAAAAACCUUGAGACAGGAAAUGGAGGAGAAGUUUUACCAGGGAACGUUUCGCUGGGGGCCUGACUUGACCCCUUAUGAUGUGGCAACCCUUAUGAAACAGUUCCUUAGGGAUCUGCCUGUACCACUGUUAACAGACGAGUAUAUUGACGCAUUUGCUCAAGUGGAAGAACUACCUGAUAAGAAGCAGCAGUUGCAUGCGUUGAAUCUGCUGGUGUUACUACUGCCCAGCGUACAUCGGGAUACUCUAGGCGCACUUUUGGACCUGCUGCUAGAGAUCAUCAGCCACAGCGACACCAACAAGAUGAGCCUCAACAACGUUGCCAUGAUCAUGGCCCCUAUUCUCUUCCUGGCCCCUAAAAUAGGGAAUGCGAACAUUGGCAAGAACAAAGACGCGUUGGACCUGGAAAUCAAGAUGGCACAGGGUUACAAUAUCGUACGGAUGAUAAUUCAAUACAAGCACAUUUUAUGGACUCAAAAUGCAAUGAAGGCAGUGUCAACAACGAACAUUGCUAUGGCGGGCAACUUAGAAAACAAUGCUGACAUAUUUGAAUCAAGGAAAACCCCUGAGGAUGUUCAACAAUUGGAUCCGAAAGCAAUCACACUCUUUUACAAAGCUCUUAAAGAUGGAAAAGAAAAGGUCAAUAAUAUUCGCCUGAUGGUCGUAGGCAUGUAUGGUGUGGGAAAAACAUCUUUGAUAAACAAUUUGAUUUGGGAAUUUCGUAACAAAACACACGCAAAGCAACCUCUGAGCACAGAAGGUAUCGAUAUACAUAGGUGUAAGUUGAUGACAGAUGGUGAUUGGUGUUUAGAUAAAGAUUUAAAAGGGGUCAAAUAUGAAGGGCGCAUUCAAAAACUUGUUUGUAACAACCAGAUGUCGACGGACACGCAUUCAGAAACUGAGUAUAAUGAUGAAACUGCUAACAGUCAUGUUACGCUCUAUGAAAGAAUCACAUCUACUAAGGAUCAUGAAACUCAAACACAAAGUGAGCCAUUACAAACUUUCAAAGAAAGAUUAGCCUUGGAAAAAGAUGAUGAAAUUUUGCAACAUGGCAUCAAGUUUGCCAAGAAGAUGCUUGAAACUAAUAGCGAUAAUUCAGAAAAGGGCAAGGCUUUGCUUGAUGAAUCUAAAAGUGAGAUCACUGUUUCAGUUUGGGAUUUUGCCGGUCAGACACUGUACUAUUCAACUCAUCAGUUCUUCUUGAAUAAGAGGUCGAUAUACGUAGUGGUGAUGGACAUGACAAAAAGUUUGGAAGAUGUUGUAAGUAAAUCGGAUGGAAUUGGAAUUUGGUGUGGUUUGGUGGAUGAGUGCACCUAUUUGGAUAUAUUUAAAUUUUGGCUUAAUUCAAUUCACAUGAACAGUGAUUAUCAAGCUGGAAAAAGAACAAUAAAGCCAACUAUUAUUUUAGUUGGCACGCGAAAAGACAAAAUGAAGGGAAGUGCUGAAGAAAUAGAGAAGAAUAUGAAUUUGUAUUUUGACGACGCUUUAUGUAGCUUUGAUGAAAACUCGCCAGUCUUUGAACAUAUUUAUAGUAACAGAUUUCUUGUAAAUAAUCUGUCUCCAAAUGAUCCUGCUUUUGGAGAGUUGCAAAAAGAAAUUAUAAGCUUGGCUGCGAAGCAAGAUUACUGGGACGAAGAAUAUCCUGUUCGAUGGAUUCACAUGGAACAAACAUUGGACAAAAUGAGAGCUCAAAAGCUGCAGAUAGUUAAAAUGAAAGAUGUUGAAGAAGAAAAUCUUAAAAAGGUACACCCAUUGGGUAGAGAAGAACUAACCUUGUUUCUGGAAUUGCAGCACAAACAAGGCAAUAUCAUAUUUUUCAACUCAGGCAAGCUUAAGGAUUUUGUUGUUCUUGCUCCUCAAUGGAUCAUUGAAGCUUUCAAAUGUUUCAUACCUCAUAAUCAGAAAAUAAAAGCCACUGUUUUGAAAGAUUGGGAAGAAUAUAAAAAACACGCAAUUCUCAAACCCAAUGUUCUCAGCGAAGUUAUGAAAAACAGUCCUCCCUACAUACAUGAAUACGAGGAUGCUGUUAUAAGAUACAUGGAAUAUCUAAAUGUAAUAGCACAGCCUUUGCCAAAUGCAGAUGCUAUAAAUGGAAUCCCAAAUCAACAUGAAAGGGUACGGGACGAAACUAGUGGCUUAUAUGAUUACAAUCCUAAAAUGUUAAAUUGCCACAUCGUUCCUUGUCUCCUAAGCAGGGCACCGCCACCAAUAGACAGCUUUACUUCACCUGAUAAACCACGAACACCAGUUCUAGCUUUUGUGUUUUGCGGAAAGUUUAUGCCCCCCUCUUUCUUCCACAGGCUUGUAGCUGUUUGCAUUCGUGCUUGGCCUAUCAGCCAGGAGCGUGACCAAUAUUGUUUAUUUAAUGGCUUGGCUAUAUUUGAUCUGAAUUCAAUAUAUACGUUGAGAAUAUGGUAUAUGGAUUACAUAAUUUAUGCUAGGAUAGUUUGUUGCUCAGAAAAUGCUAAGCUAGACAAUUUCGUCUGGCGGAUUCAAGAAGUUCGACACACACUUAAGAACAGUUUACAAGACUUUGUUCAUCAAUCUUCUCCUGCAUUUGAAGAGAACAUUCAGUGCCCAAACAUGAAGGUGUCCUUGCAUAAUAAAGGAUUGUUCAGAGUGAAACAGUUUGAUUAUGAAACUGAGAUGUCUUGUCCCGUAUGUAGCAUUCCACAUACUGUGAAACGAUCAGACGCUAUGAAACAUUGGUUCAACGAGAUGUUGGAUCAAAAUGAAACGGAUAUGGAAAUAAACUAGUGGCAUAGAUUAUUGCAAUCCUAAAAUGUAAGAUUGCCUUAUUGUUCCUUGUCUACUGAGAAUGGCACCACAAUGAAUCGACAGCUUGAAGGUACGCCAAAUAUCGCCCAACAUACCAUGUAUGCAAUUGAACAAUUGUUGCAGAGUAAUUUGUUUAAUGUACUUAUAUUGCUUCAUUGAAAAUCAUAUGAUUGCAAGUAACCUACACAUUCCAGUUUUGCUAAAAAAAUGUGUUUGUAAUUGUAAAUACACUGUUUGUGACAUUAUGUUAUUGUACAUUUUUGCAUUGAGUGAAAAUUAAUGCCAUGCUUGUUUCCAUGUCAAGACAAAUACAGAAUAUUAUAUCAUUUUAUGUACUGAAAUAAACACAUUGUAAUUUGUUAAAAUUUUAUGUUGGGUCUCUUACUAACAUGUAAACAGAGCAAUGUCCAAUUUGUUUAAGGACAAAUGAUAAAAAUUCCAAAUAAAUACAUACAUUUUUAUGCCCCCGAAGGAGGGCAUAUAGUGAUCGGAGCGUCCGUCUUUCCGUCACACUUUGCAUUUAGGUUUUGUGUUUAGGUUUCGAAAAUGCUCAUAAUUUCUAUGUCGCUUCAGAUAUCAACUUGAUAUUUGGCAUGCAUGGCAUCUCAUGGAGCUGCACAUUUUCAGUGGUGAAAGGUCAAGGUCAUCCUUCAAGGUCAAAGGUCAAAAAAACAUAAAUCAAAGCGGCGCAGAAGGGGGCAUUGUGUUUCUGACAAACACAUCCCUUGUUAUAUAUGUUUCAUAUACUGUAAAUAUUUUACACAAAUUGUAUUACUUAUAUUGAACAAGCCACCCUAACUGUUUGCACGUGUCUGUUUCGUUAAAAUAAAAAUGUAUAUAAUUAUGGGAAUGUUUCCUUCAAAUUAUGUAUUAUUUCAAAAGUUUUGUUUGUGCAUAAGGUAAAUAUGUUUACAAUGUAUAUGAAUUUUCAACA